UAUAUAUUUUAACUGCUAAUCACAUUUAUUACUAUUAAUUAUCAGCUCAUUACAGAAAUGAUGGAGACCAAUUCCACCAGCAUGACUGAAUUCAUCCUCCUGGGAUUAACAGACAGGGCUGAACUCAAGAGUGCUCUGUUUGCAGUGUUCCUGAUCAUGUAUUUGAUCAUAGUGGUAGGGAACCUAGGCAUGAUCACUUUAAUCAAGGUCGACCCCCGGCUACACACCCCUAUGUACUUCUUCCUCAGCCACCUGGCUUUCCUGGACUUCUCUUAUUCUUCAGCCAUCAUGCCCAAGGCACUGAUCAACCUUUUAGUUGAGAAUAAAACCAUCUCAUUUAGUGGCUGUGCAGCCCAGAUGUACAGUUUCGUUGCUUUUGGGACAACAGAGUGCUUCCUUCUGGCUGCGAUGGCCUAUGAUCGGUAUGUGGCCAUCUGUAAACCCUUGCUGUAUAAUGUCAUAAUGUCCCGCCAGCUCUGUCUGCAGCUCCUUAUUGGUUCUUACAUUUGUGGUUUUGUGAUUUCAAUGAUACACACAGGCUGUGCCUUUCGACUCUCUUUCUGUCGCUCCAAUGUCAUCCAUCAUUUUUUCUGUGAUGUGAUACCACUCCUCAACAUCUCCUGUACUGACACCAGAGUGAAUGAGAUCAUUCUUUUUGCCUUCUGUAUCUUUAACGGGGUUUUUAUCACACUGGAAAUAUGUAUUUCUUAUAUCUAUAUUUUCUCUGCCAUCUUGAAAAUCCACUCCUCUGAGGGCCGGCAUAAAGCCUUCUCUACUUGCACUUCACACUUGAUUGUUGUUGCCAUGUUCUUUGGGACAGCCGUCUUUAUGUACAUGCGGCCUAGUUCAGCUUCCUCACCAGACAAAGACAGGGUUGUGUCAGUAUUUUACACUGUAGUGAAUCCCAUGUUGAAUCCUUUGAUCUAUAGCCUGAGGAACAAGGAGGUGAAGAAUGCCUUGAGAAGAGUGUUCAACAGAAAGAAACAUUUCUCAGUACAGAUACAUUCUAAAGUGAUUAAAACAACUGCUUAA